AUGGCUGUUGGUCUGUUCGACGUUCGAAAGCAGUUGACCUUCUAUGGCGCUUACCACUCGAAUCACACCAAUGUGUUGAUUCAUAUGUGCUGUGUGCCUGUAUUGCUAUGGACCUUCCAGGCUAUGAUCACUCGCAUUCCGACCCCGUCGUGGAUGCCUCGAGGGUACACGCCCAUCAAUGACUACAUGGCUGUGGAGAUGAACUGGACGACUACGUUCACCGUCCUCUACCUGCUGUAUUACUACAUCCUCGAGCCGACGGCUGCCCUCAUCUACACGCCGCAACUCGUCCUGUCAUGGCUCACGGCGACCUCAUUCGCCCACCGAAACGACAUCGACAACUUGACGAUCGCCGGUAUUAUCAACGGCGUCUGCUGGAUCGCUCAAUUCAUAGGGCACGGCAAGUUCGAGCAUCGCGCCCCUGCCCUUCUGGAUAACAUCGUCGGCGCCCUCGUACUCGCUCCUUUCUUCGUGCAUCUCGAGCUUCUAUUUUCCCUUGGGUGGCGCAAGGAUUUCCACAAGGAGCUGAACAACGAGAUUGGCAAGGAGAUCACUCGCAUCCGUAAGGCGGAAGGUGACAAGAAGCGGGCUAAGGAGGCUGCGAAGAAGGAACUCUGA